GCGACGGGUCUUGAUGUCCCACGUGGGUCUGAUGGCAGGCAUGGAAGCAACUGAUGUUCCUGGAUCUUCUAGUCCCAAGCCGGGGCUGGCGAUCUGCGGGGACUUGAUGGUGGCCACCGGCGGGACUAAGUUCUUGGCCGCUCGCUUUAAAGAGCCCAGCAAAGAUGACCUUUUCAUUUAUGACUGCACCACAAGCAAAGAGCUGCAGGACAAUCAAGGAAAGGAUGGAAAGUCAGCAGGUAAAGCAAGUAGUGAGAUCCUUGCCUCUGCAUUCUCUUCAUCAGGAACUUACUUUGCUCUGACAGAUGACAACAAACAACUGAUUCUUUUUCGAGCAAAGCCUUGUUGGGAAUGUCUGAGUAUAAGAUCUGUUGUUAGAAGGUGUACUUCCCUGAUUAUAACAGCGGCAGAAGAUAAGAUUCUGGUUGCUGACAAAUCUGGUGAUGUUUAUUCCUUCUCAAUCACAGAACCAGAAAAUGCAGGAACAAUUGAACUUGGACACUUAUCCCUUCUCUUGGAUGUGGCACUGAGUCCUGAUGACCGGUACAUCCUAACUGCUGACCGUGAUGAGAAGAUCCGAGUUAGUUUGAUUAGAGAGCCAUAUAACAUUGUGUCCUUCUGCCUGGGCCACCGAGAAUUUGUCAGCCGAAUAUUUGUGAUACCAAACUACCCAGGUCUUCUUUUAUCAGCUUCUGGGGACUGUACAUUGAGGCUCUGGGAAUACAGAAGUGGGAAAGAAGUGCAUUGCUGUCAACUGAAUACGCUGAAUAAAUGUGAAACCACCAAAAAUGAGAAGAAAUAUACUGUCUCAAGAAUAACUUAUUGCUGUGAAGGAAAUUACAUUGCCGUUUUAUAUGACCGUAUUCCCACAGUAUCCAUCUUCCAGCUUGACACUGUUGCUCAGACCCUCACUGACAAACAACACAUCUCUCUGAAGCACAAUGGCUGGGGCAUUGCAUUUGAGGAAACAGGCGGACUCUGGAUUUUGCAGGAGAACAAGCAAACACCUCUUCUUUUUUACCAACCUGUGGAUGGGCAGUGGCAGCCCGCUUCUGAAGAGAGAGGAUUGAUGAAAAUGCCCAAGUACAUACAUGACAACUGGACAAUGUUUGAAGGCUCUAUUGGCAAAGGAAGCUGCUAUCAAAAUCUCUACAAAUCGUCUUUUGAUAACAUGGCUGUUUACCUCCAAAAGAAACAGGAGAGAAUUCUGCAGCAUAAGUCUAAGAGAAAGGAACCACAGCAUGAAUCAGAUAGACAGACAAAGAAGAUUAGAACAGAAGCACCAUCAUUAUGAUGCUCAGGAUUACAUUGCAAUGUGAUUGUGAUUGCAAUGUACUGGAAAAAGUCAAUCUCUGAACUUAAUCUCUUCAUGGGGCCUGGUGGAUAAUAAGUUGGUACUUGUCGCAUAUGUACACUUGGCAAUUAGCAUGCUGCUUAUCUAUCUUGUCAAAGAUAAUUUUGUCCUGUUUAGCUUAUCUAGCUACAUGUUCCAGUUGUCAGCUGAGAUGUUGUUCAGCCAUGCCAUAAUGAUGCAUGGCUAGGAACAGGGCAACUGAGGAAGCUCCUUAUCCAAAUCCAGCUGAUCAGUCUCUCGAGGUUGUGCUUUCUUAUGUGUGCCAUACAAUCAGCAUCAAGUCUUGGUCUCCUAAAGGGCAAAUUGCAUCCAACAGCAGCUAACUCACGCCCAACAUUUCCAGCCCAGAGAUGAAGUUGAGAGCAGUAUGAAAUGGCACCACCACAAGUGACUGAAGUAAAGGCCUGGCCUGUUGGCUUUUCACCAUUUCAGAAUGGCUUUUCUGGUAAAUCUAGUAGCUUAGGACAUACACGACCAUAGCCAAAAUAUCCUUAGAUAACUCUGCCUAAAGGUAUAUCUUUCAAAUUCACCAUCCAUGGGGUGUUGCACUGAAAUGUGGAGCAAAUCAUAAAUGUGAUGGGCCUGGAUAAAAACGGCUGUCUGUGUUACUUCUCUGAUGCAUUUAAAGAAGCAAUCAUUGUAUUGAAGGUGUAUCCUUGUACAUAUGAGUCAAAUGAUCUACUGGACCAGUAAUGGAAUUAUGGCCCCACAGCAAUGGGACAAUCAUUACUUUGUAGUAUGAUUUAGAGUAUAACCAGCCUGGUUUAGCAUCUUUAUUUUUUAAUACAAAGCUAAGGAUUUUAUGUUGUAUACUCUGCUUUAGAACUUGAACCAGCACUGAAAAUGUCAGUAAAUAAGCAAUAAAAUAUGUCAGCCAACUUA